CUGAAAACGACAGCGUUAGCGAUAGGGUUCUUAUCUUCCUCCCCUUUCACCUACCCAAAACCUAAAACCCCAGAAAAAAAAAGGUGAGAAUAACAAAACUGCUUAGCUCGCAGCUCGUAAUCAGGACAAAAAAAUGCCGACUCUCACGAAGAUAUACUCCAUGGAAGAAGUGGCAGCUCAUAACAAGCAAGAUGACUGCUGGAUUGUAAUCGACGGCAAGGUCUAUGACGUAACCUCUUACAUGGAUGAGCAUCCUGGAGGAGAUGAUGUGCUUCUUGCUGCUACUGGCAAAGAUGCAACGGAUGAUUUCGAAGACGCGGGGCACAGCAAAACUGCUAGGGAACUCAUGGAAGAUUAUUUCAUCGGCGAGCUUGACGAAGAUUCAGUACAAGAAAUACCAGAGCUUAAGAUCUACAAGAAAGAGGAGCCAAAAGACUCUGUUCAGAAGCUUGUGGACUUGACGAAGCAGUACUGGGUUGUUCCUGUUUCAGUUAUCACUAUCUCCGUUGCGGUGAGUGUCUUGUUCUCUCGCAAGAAGUAGUAGUUGUUAGUCUCUGGGAGAUUUAUCUGAGUUUAUUGAAUUACUGGAGGGAAUCAACUAUCCACGAGACCUCUCCCUCCCCCAUUAUAGAUUUUGAAUCACAGAGAAAGAUAAGAGAAUAAUAUUAUUUUUCAAUUUUCCAUGGUUUUACAUUUUGAGUUAAUGAUAUAUGAUUAAUGGAUGCUUUGGUUUGCUGGUAGCAUCAACCUUCUUAUACUUGUCAUCACUUUUGACCUUACUCUACUUAGCAUUUGCACCAAACAAGCCUCGUCAAGUCUUCAUUAUUUGUACCAAUGUGAGACCACAUAUAUCUCCUAAAAUAUCUAUAUUCCUUGAUGGUCCUGUUAGUAUAAG